AUGACGGCCCAACGAGCAGCUCUCCUCAUCGGCAAAAUCACCCACUGCCGCAAGGAAUGGCAGGCAUUGAGCUCGCUGCUCACAUUGAAGGAGUACGAGAGCGGCUCGAGAGAGGACUUCAUCAAGAAACUUCAAGCCGGCGAGUACGACGACGUUGUGGCGAUUUACCGAUCAAACGAUUCGACGCCUAUUACCGGCCCGUUCAACAAAGAGCUCGUGCAGCAUUUACCCAAGAGCCUGAAGUUCAUCACGCAUAAUGGAGCGGGUUAUGAUAAUAUUGAGGUGCCGGCUGUGACGGACAGGGGCAUUGAGGUUAGCAGUACGCCGAUUGCGGUUAACGAUGCUACUGCGGAUAUUGCCAUCCUCCUCAUGCUCGGCGCCCUCCGGCGAGUCACAACCCCCUUCACGGCCGUCCGCAACAAAGAAUGGCGAGGCAAGGCCUUCGGCCUCGGCCACGACCCCAAGAAGAAAGUCCUCGGCGUGCUCGGAAUGGGAGGCAUCGGCCAGGCCGUCGCGCACCGCGCCAAAGCCUUCGGCAUGUCAAUACAGUACCACAACCGCAACCGCCUCCCGGAAAGCGAAGAGCAAGGAGCGAAAUACGUCUCCUUCGACGAGCUGAUGAAGACCUCGGAUGUCCUCAGUCUGAACCUCGCACUCAACGCCUCGACGCGCCACAUCAUUUCGAAACCCCAAUUCGACCUCAUGAAGGACGGCGUCAUCAUCGUCAACACCGCCCGCGGCCCCAUCAUCGACGAAGCGGCGCUCGUCGACGCGCUGAAUUCCGGGAAAGUCUUCUCCGCUGGGCUAGAUGUCUUUGAGGAGGAGCCGAAAAUCCACCCGGGGCUGUUGGCGAAUGAGAAUGCGGUGCUGCUCCCGCACAUCGGCACGGCGACGUGGGAGACGCAGAGGGAUAUGGAGUUGUUGGUGUUGGAGAAUUUGCGGUCGGCGGUCGAGGGGAGGGGGUUGGUUACGCAGAUACCGGAGCAGAAGAAGAAGUGA